AGACUUGUUGGAGGAUGGCUUAUAAAUUGCACUGGAGUGGUACAAAAUCCAUCCCUGUUGCAGACACGAUAUUUUGUGGAUCAUCGGAAAGUGCGAGUGAUUGGAGGACAUGGCGGAGGAGGGGGCCAUUCUUUUUAUAGUGAGCCCAGAAAAGAAUUUGGAGGUCCUGAUGGUGGAAACGGAGGUGAUGGGGGUCAUGUCAUUUUCAAAGCUGACCGCCAAAUCAAAUCACUUUCUUCAAUCCUCCCCUUCUAUCAAGGCUUUCAUGGACAGAAAGGAGGAAGCAAAAACUGCUAUGGAUCCAACGGUGCAUACAUGUACGUUAAAGUCCCUGUAGGUACAUUGGUUAAGGAGGAUGGGAAAGUUGUGGCUGACUUCACUCGACAUGGUGAAGAGUAUGUUGCUGCUUAUGGGGGAGCUGGAGGAAAAGGUAAUCGCUUUUUUCUUUCCAAUGAGAACCGAGCUCCAACCUUCUUUACUCCUGGAGAGCCAGGCCAGGAAAGAGUCCUCCACUUGGAACUCAAGACAACAGCACAUGCAGGAUUGGUGGGUUUUCCCAAUGCUGGGAAAUCAUCGCUUUUGAGAGCAAUCUCCAAUGCAAAGCCAGCAGUGGCUGCCUACCCAUUCACAACCCUAAACCCUCAUGUUGGCAUUGUUCACUAUGAGGACUAUGAGCAAGUAGCAGUUGCUGAUAUUCCUGGCCUAAUAAGAGGUGCUCAUCAAAACAGGGGCCUCGGGAUGGCCUUCCUAAGGCACAUUGAACGCUGUCGUUUUCUCCUGUACGUGGUGGAUUUGUCUGAAUCUCAGCCUUGGAUUCAGCUACAAGACUUAAAAUAUGAACUGGAACAAUAUAGAAAAGGACUGUCCAAGAUUCCAUGUGUUGUCAUUGGGAAUAAGAUUGACCUUGCCCAGUCCAGGAUUAAUUUGCCACUUCUCAGAGAACAAGUAGAUGACCGGGUCAUUGCGUUGUCUGCACUGACAGGUGACAACCUAGAGGAAUUAUUGCUGCAUUUGAAAGAACUGUAUGACAGUUAUGUGAAAAGAGAACAAUCACAAGGGAAAAGCCCAAUCAAGUGGUAGGACGCAGAACUACAGUGAGCCAUAAU